GCGGAGUGGUGCUGGCGUUUUGCGAGCGACUGGACCGUCUCGAAAACUGUCUCGUGGGUAGACUCAAACAUACUAUUCAUAUUUACCAUAUUGGAUAACUAUUUUGGUUAAUAGUUGCAAAAUAUAUUUUACGAUACUGUUAUUUACCUGGAAAAGAUAGGUAAGCGUUUGCGAAUUAUUCAUCUUCCACCUCUUGGCGGGUGAUUUUGUUUGAAUUCUGAAAGGUGUCCAGCAAGCUAACAAGGCCUUUAGCCAACCCUGCUAGCUAGCUAGCUAUUUGCUUGGCUAAGUUCAUGAACUUUGAUACAGGCUUUUAUGUUGUUGUUUUUUUAUGUUGGUAUAUCUAACGUUAAACGUUUAUUUUUCUGGUUGUAAAUGUUCCAAAUUGUGAAUUCAGUCGAAUUCAUCUAGCUAUGUAGCUAACUAGCUAGCUAUUGGAAGGGGGCGGGGCGGGACGGUACUAACCAAAAAAGACACACCACCCAGCCAAGCUAGCUUCAAAAACAUUGUUUACUUGACUGGCUAGCUAGCUUAAUCACUGUUUUUGUUUACUGGCUUUUGGCGUUCACUAGCUAACUUGCCCGCGAUAUAAAUUUACUUUUCACUUGUCCCCAGGUAUUUGAUCUUUCAGACCUCAUUGCCUGCAUUAAAAUGUAUGGUUCUGCUUUUCGAAUGCAUUUAUAAUAUCUUCGCCAAUCUGAACUAGCUAGCUGAACUAUUUAGAAUACUUGCAGAGGUUUAGCUAGAAGUUCCUAUUGCAGCAUGAUCAAAUUUAAACCAUGUAUGUUAGAAAAGUGAACGUUUAUGUUCCAUACAAGUUGCUAGUGUCUUGAUCUGUAAAAGGCAGCUGAAACAAAUGUAUGUUCUAAUGUGGAACAAUCUAACUGAAAUCCUGUUUUUGUCUUGUCUAUUUUCUCUCAGGAGAAUGGCUGCCGCUGAGGUGAAUGGUAGUUCUGCCCAGGUGAGGGAGGAAGAGGAGCCUAUGGAAGUCACCGCUGAAUGCGAGCACACCGAGAACUACCAGAUACUCAUCGAUGCCGGACUGCCGGAGAAAGUGGCAGAGAGUCUUGACAAUGUAUUCUCAACCGGUGGGGAAUCUGUCAAACAAUGGCUGAGUCUAAUGCAUUUUCCAAAGAAGCAUGAUGUUGCUUGAGGUUCCAUGAAGUGAAGAUAGGCCGGGUUCUAAUGGUAGGAAUCUGUCUUGUACCCACAGGGUUGGUGGCAUAUGCUGACCUGGACGAGAGGGCCAUCGAUGCUCUACGGGAGUUCAAUGAAGAGGGAGCGCUGUCUGUACUGUUGCAGUUCAAAGAAAGUGACCUGUCCCAUGUGCAGGUGAGUUACAAGGGGAGCGGAAUGAAAGAGAAUGAAUGCAAGUCAUUUUGUAUGAUGAAUCAUUAGUCAUAAGACAUUUACAUGGAGGGGUCUAUACAUUUUCCUCUGCUCAUAACUCCAAUACAUGAAUCAACUGUGCCUUGGUUUGCUUUCCAGAACAAAAGUGCUUUCCUUUGUGGAGUCAUGAAGACGUACAGACAGAGGGAAAAGCAAGGAAGUAAAGUACAAGAAUCCACCAAGGGGCCUGAUGAGUCCAAGAUCAAGGUAAAAUGAAGCUGUUUGAAAGUUGAUUCAGUUGCAGGGGUUAAAGUUCUCCGUCACUGCCAUGGAUUUCCAUCAUAUGGAUUCUGGAGAGGUCCUUAAAUAUAGAAAAAUCAGUGUAGACCCACAGUAAAAAUCUCUGGGGGCUGGUUUGGCAAUGACAGCCUAAUGAGCCAACAAAAGCAUGUCUGUUCUACAACAACAAACAUGCCUGAUUGUUUGCCGAUGUUCAGAUAAAGGGAAUUAAAGAGUUUUAUAAUGCGCACCUCCGUGGCGCUCAACUCACAGUGAUGUGUAGCCUACUGUGGCUGUUGGCAAAGCAAUUCAAAGCCUAUACUUUAUAGGGAUGGGUUUCCCAAAACGGAUGGACGAUCUUAGUGCUACGAUGCGUUUGUGAAACCCAGCUCUGUUCUACUAUUUUUGCCAUGUAAUGUUAUUAAAACAAAAUCUGAGAACCCCAUAGUAGAAUAGUUUACCUAUUUACCUAGUCUGCUUGUUGUUGUGUGUUCAAUUUGAGAUAAAUAUUCCUCUCGUGGCCCACAGGGAGGGUUAAACAUGUAUUCCUACAAGCAGUCGAUGCACAAUUAAUUUAAAUGCAAUUGGGGAGAAAAAAACCUUUUGAAAGCCGUUUUGGCCUUUGUUAAAAAAAGAGGUGGAUCCCAUCUUUCCAUUGCUACCACGUUUAUUUCUCUACUCAUACAAUUGCACGUGGCAUUGUAAAAAAUAAAGGCAGUUACAACCAGAGUUUCAAGCAUGGUUUAAGAGCUCUGCUGUGUCUAAAGGGGCAAUGACAUACUUUGUAAUAGAAACCCCAAAAAAAUUUUUUGAGUGAAUAGUAAUUGUAAAUAAUUAUAAUUUGAGGCCCUCUUGUUGACCAUGGUGGGAAUAUGUAGCUGUUUUAAAGCUAAUUUCUUGCAAUUCUACACAUGGACGCCGAUGACGUUGGUUAAGGAAGCCCCCCGCACCGCUCUGAUUUAGAGUGGUUGGGUUAAAUGCGGAAGACACAUUUCGGUUGAAUCGAUUCAGUUGUGCAACUGACUAGAUAUCCCCUUUCCCUAUCUGAGUGACUCAAACAUAACAAAAUAAAUGGGGGCCCUAUGCCAUGACAAAAAUACUCCCGAAUGCCACAUUUUUUAAGUGUUUGAUUCUACCUGAAUGUCUAGCUUUUAUUUGGGUGAUUGUUACUUCUCAAAGAUGAUCUUAAUACACUACAUGACCAAAAGUCUGUGGACACCUGCUCGUCGAACAUCUAAUUCCAAAAUCACGGGCAUUAAUAUGGAGUUGGUCCCGCCUUUGCUGCUAUAACAGCCUCCACUCCUCUGGGAAGGCUUUCCACUACAUCAUUUUACAUUUACGUCAUUUAGCAGACGCUCUUAUCCAGAGCGACUUACAUAUUGUUGGAGCAUUGCUGCAGGGACUUGUUUCCAUUCAGCCAUGAGCAUUAGUGAGGUCGGGCACUGAUGUUGGCCGAUUAGGUCAGGCACACAGUCGGCAUUCCAAUUCAUCCCAAAGAUGAAUUAGAUGGGGUUGAGGUCAGGGCUCUGUGCAGGCCAGUCAAGUUCUUCCACACUGAUCUCUACAAAGCAUUUCUGUAUGGACCUUACUUUGUGCACGGGGGCAUUGUCAUGCUGAAACAGGAAAGGGCGUUCCCCAAACUGUUGCCAUAAAGUUGGAAGCCCAGAAUCGUCUAGAAUGUCAUUGUAUGCUGUAGCGUUAAGAUUUCCCUUCACUGGAACUAAGGGGCCUAGCCCGAACCAUGAAAAACAGCCCCAGACCAUUAUUCCUCCUCCUCCAUUCCUCUACAGUUGGCACUAUGCAUUCGGGCAGGUAGCGUUCUCCUGGCAUCCGCCAAACCCAGAUUUGUCUGUCGGACUGCCAGAUGGUGAAGCGUGAUUCAUCACUCCAGACAAUGCGUUUCCACUGCUCCAGAGUCCAAUGGCGGCACGCUUUACACCACUCCAGCUAACGCUUGGCAUUGCGCAUGGUGAUCUUAGGCUUGUGUGCGGCUGCUCGGCCAUGGAAACUCAUUUCAUUAAGCUCCAGAUGAACAGUUCUUGUGCUGACGUUGCUUUCAGAGGCAGUUUGGAACUCUGUAGUGAGUGUUGCAGCUGAGGACAGACUAUUUUUACGCGGCCUAUAGAAAAGUUUGUGGUCAUACGCACAUCCUUAAAAACAUAGGUGCUGGGCUAGUAAAGAAUACUAGUAAAGAACAGAAAGGCCCGCACACUGUAAGCUCCCAAUGCUCCGCUUUAUUGACUACGUUUCGAUUCUAAACGGAUCUUCGUCAGGUCAUAAAACGUAGUCAAUAAAGCUGUGAAUUGGGAGCUAGCUUAAAGAGUGUCUUGGCUUUUCUGUUCUUUACUAGCUUGUGUGGUCUACCACUUCGCGGCUGAGCCGUUGUUGCUCAUAGACGUUUCCACUUCACAAUAACAUCACUUACAUUUGACAGGGGAAGCUCUAGCAGGGCAGAAAUUUGACAAACUGACUUUUUGGAAAGGUGGCAUCCUAUGACUGUGCCACGUGGAAAGUCACUGAGCUCUUCAGUAAGGCCAUUCUGCUGCCAAUGUUUGUCUAUGGAGACUGCAUUGCUGUGUGCUCGAUUUUUAUACACCUGUCAGCAACGGGCCAAAAUAACUGAAUCCACUCAUUUGAAGGGGUGUCCACAUACUUUUGUAUAUAUAGGUCCUUUAUCUUUUCUACAUACAUUAUCUCUGGUUUUAGUCGUUUAACUUUACACUGAAAAAGGUUUUCCAGCCCACCGAAGAUUUUUCUAUGCAGAAAAAGCCCUGGGAUGUUGUCCAAUGGGGUAAAUGCAGAUUGACAAACCCCAUACUUCAGCCUAUGUAUUUAUAGCCACUAUGCUGCAUCAGUUGGGCUACAGUUGAUAAUGCUUAUUGCUAAUGGCACAUCUUAUAAUAUAGACCAUACAUAGGCUAUAUCAAGGAUCAUCAAUUAGAUUCAGCCACGGGACCUAUUUUUUUUUUUUCUUUUCUUGAGCUGAUGGUCAGAACAUAAUUACAAAUAAUUUGUAGACUGCAAAUUGACCACAAGAAGCCCAAACAGAUAUAUUUUCUAACUGUACUUACAUUUGUAUACGAUCACAUGCACUGAGUGUACAAAACAUUAGGAACACCUUUCUAAUAUUGAGUUGCACCCCCUUUUGCCCUCAGAACAGCCUCAAUUCGUUGGGCCAUGGACUACAAGGUGUCGAAAGCGGUCCACAUGGAUGAUGGCCCAUGUUGAUCAGGCCUGGAAUUUUGUGAUUUGAGGUGCCCAAUCUACCAGGGCACUAAGGCCAUCCGCUAGGGCACCAAAGCCAUUAACCAUAAUAGGCUAUUUUAAAUUGAUUUGAAAACUGAAAAACACUAGCUAUUCUGUUAAGAAAAGCAUAAGUGUAUGUAAAUGUACAUACAACUGACGCACAAAAUGUGUUUGAUGCUGAAAAUAAGAAGCAUUUUAGAUCUGCGUUUACCAAACGCAGCAAGAUAUUUCUUAUGCGUUAUCUUUUCUUUCCCGUAUGAAAAACGAAAAAUUAUGCGUUAGGGCGUCCCCUAUGUUUAACCUGCUAGUUAUCUAAGUGGCUGAAUUAAUAAGGUCACGGGCUCCAUUGAAGAUCUCACCUCGUGGCGUUACAAUAAUCAUGAGAACGGUGAGGAAUCAGCCCAGAACUACACGGGAGGAUCUUGUCAAUGAUCUCAAGGCAGCUGGGACCAUAGUCACCAAGAAAACAAUUGGUAACACACUACGCCAUGAAGGACUGAAAUCCUGCAGCGCCUGCAAGGUCCCCCUGCUCAAGAAAGCACAUAUACAGGCCCGUCUGAAGUUUGCCAAUGAACAUCUGAAUGAUUCAGAGGAGAACUGGGUGAAAGUGUUGUGGUCAGAUGAGACCAAAAUGGAGCUCUUUGGCAUCAACUCAACUCGCUGUGUUUGGAGGAGGAGGAAUGCUGCCUAUGACCCCAAGAACACCAUCCCCACUGUCAAACAUGGAGGUGGAAACAUUAUGCUUUGUGGGUGUUUUUCUGCUAAGGGGACAGGACAACUUCACUGCAUCAAAGGAACGAUGGACGGCGCCAUGUAUCGUCAAAUCUUGGGAGAGAACCUCCUUCCCUCAGCCAGGGCAUUGAAAAUUGGUCGUGGAUGGGUAUUCCAGCAUGACAAUUACCCAAAACACACGGCCAAGGCAACAAACGAGUGGCUCAAGAAGAAGCACAUUAAGGUCCUGGAGUGGCCUAGCCAGUCUCCAAACCUUAAUCCCAUAGAAAAUCUGUGGAGCUGAAGGUUGGAGUUGCCAAACGUCAGGCUCGAAACCUUAAUGACUUGGAGAAGAUCUGCAAGGAGGAGUGGGGCAAAAUCCCUCCUGAGAUGUGUGCAAACCUGGUGGCCAACUACAAGAACCGUCUGACCUCUGUGAUUGCCAACAAGGGUUUUGCCACCAAGUACUAAGUCAUGUUUUGCAGAGGGGUCAAAUACUUAUUUCACUCAUUGAAAUGCAAAUCAAUGUAUAACAUUUUUGACAUGCGUUUUUCUGGAUUUUGUUGUUGUUAUUCUGUCUCACUGUUCAAAUAAACCUACCAUUAACAUUAUAGAUUUAUCAUGUCUUUGUCAGUGGUACGUACAGCAGGGGAUCAAAUAAUUACUUUUUUCCUCACUGUAUAUCUCUCUCUCUCUUUUUGGGAGACCCGACCCAUGUGGGUUAAAGAUCUGUAAUUGUCAUUGAAAUGAAGCGGUAGAUCUGUUCUAUGUGCUCUUUCUUUUUCGCGUCUUUUACUUUCGGUUUUGGACACCAGCUUCAAACAGCUGAAAAUACAAUAUUUUUGGUUAUUGAAAAUAAAUUUCAUAGAGGUUUAGAUGAUUCUCUACACUUGCUGGUUUUGUCACAAACUGAAAUUAGGCAAACUGCAUAUUGCAUCUUUUUUAGAGGAUCUCUGUCUCACGAUAGCACAUUGGUAGUAAUCGGUGACAAAUAUCAAAGCUAAACAUGGAUGGGUUUGGUUAACACCCUGCAUGGGAGACCAAAUGGGAUAGCUGUACAGAGACUAACUCUCCCAUAUGAGCUGCCUCCCAGCCUAUUCUUUCUGAUAGUGGAUAUGAUGUUGAAGAUCUGUGUUUCAAAGCUGCAAAUUCAACACUACAAGGUUUAUCUAUGUUGAAAAUUGGUAACCAUGGUGAUAUCAUCCUGUGGUUUUAAAUUUCACCCUCAAACAUUUACAUUUUAAAAUUCUAUGUACUUUCCACUUCACAAUAUGUUGACAAAUUACGUUGAAACAACGUUGAUUCAACCAGUUUGUGCCCAUUGAAGUUUCCGUCAUAUUUUUUUUUUGCGGGGCUUUAAUUUGUGUGUUCCCGCUCAUGUGGUGUAGUUCUGUAGUGGUUAUGCUGAUGUCUAUGUGUUCCCCAGGAUCUGCUGGAGCAGACAGGAUACACCCUGGACGUCACCACGGGACAGAGGAAAUACGGCGGGCCCCCACCAGAGGAAGUGUUCCAAGGAGCACAGCCUGGGAUUGGAACUGAGGUAAAGCUGCCGGAGAUGCACUAUUUUCAAGUAACGUUAUUUGAAAGGGUCAUCGUGGCAAAGCCUUUGACGGAUAUAGAGAAGAUAAAGGAGUUUGAAAGACUGUGGUCCCAAGGAAGUCAACAGAGGUUUACAGCAACACUACAGUAGUCUUCCCCUGCUAAAGUAUCAAAGGAGCUCAUCCGAUCACAUUGUGGAACCCUCAAUGAUCUAGUCUCUGUUUUCUGCCUUCAGGUGUUUGUGGGAAAGAUCCCCAGAGAUCUGUAUGAAGAUGAGCUGGUGCCACUGUUUGAGAAGGCGGGCCCUAUCUGGGACCUGAGGUUAAUGAUGGACCCCCUGUCGGGUCAGAACCGGGGCUACGCCUUCAUCACCUUCUGCAGCAAGGAUGCAGCAGCUGAGGCUGUGAAACUUGUAAGUCCCUGCAGUCAGUCAAUAGUCUUCACCUUCAAAGAACCAAGGGGCUGGUUUCCCAGACACAGAUGAAGCCUAGACCUGGACUAAACAUCACUUUCAAUAAAGAAUCUCCAUUAAGUGUGCUUUUUUUUGUCUAGGGCUAGGCUUAAUCUGUCUGGGAAACCUGCCCAAGAUGUGAUACAUAUUUCAUUUUGGACCAGUCGUAGGACCUUUUCCAGCUUCCAUAUCAACCCUGACUAGCAAUCUUUCCUCUUGUUGUUUUCAGUGUGAUAACUAUGAAAUCCGGUCUGGGAAGUACCUUGGAGUGUGCGUAUCUGUAGCAAACAACCGCCUGUUUGUCGGAUCAAUCCCAAAGAACAAGACCAGAGAGAGCAUAUUGGAGGACUUCGGCAAAGUCACAGGUCAGUGAAAGUGUAGACACCCCAAUUUGGUUUACAUUGUUUUAUGUUCUGUGGUUUAUCAUUGGUCAGAUAUCAGUCAUGUGACGCAGGUCUCUCGUUCUUCCUCCAGAGGGGCUUCAGGAAGUGAUCCUCUACCACCAGCCAGACGACAAGAAGAAGAACCGUGGCUUCUGUUUCCUGGAGUACGAGGACCACAAGUCUGCAGCCCAGGCCCGCCGCCGCCUCAUGAGCGGCAAGGUGAAGGUGUGGGGGAACCCGGUCACUGUUGAGUGGGCCGACCCGGUCGCUGAGCCCGACCCGGAUGUCAUGGCUAAGGUGAGUCAUGUCUCGCUCGCUCUCUCACAAGCAUACUCACUCUAAUUUUUCUUGUCUUAAAAUAACCUCUUUCUGCAUAAACUGGGAUCAAUAUGGAGUUGAAUUGUAAUGUUUGUGUCAUCAGGUGAAAGUCCUGUUUGUCAGGAAGCUGGCCACCCCGGUCACAGAAGAGCUACUGGAGAAGACCUUCUCUGCGUUUGGAAAGCUGGAGCGGGUGAAGAAGCUCAAAGACUACGCCUUUGUCCACUUUGAGGACAGGGACGCAGCUGUGAAGGUGGGUUACUCUUGGUAAAAACAUACUCCUUGUUUUCUGUUUUUUAACCUUGCUUUGUAUGUGUGAUAAUGUUUUUGCUGCUUUUCUCAGGCAAUGGCAGAAAUGAAUGGGAAGGAGCUUGGGGGAGAGGAGAUUGAGAUAGUCCUGGCCAAGCCCCCAGACAAGAAGAGGAAAGAGCGGCAGGCUCAGCGCCAGACCACCAGAAACCCAGGGUGAGGCCACAGAAAGCAACUGUGCUUGACUAAUAUCAGUUAUAUCUAAUUGAGUAGUAAUUGAGUAGUCUCCCAUCAUGGGAUUACAUUGAAGCUGAUAUGUUGUUCCUGUAUUCUGCAGGUAUGAUGACUAUUAUUAUUACCCACCACCACGCAUGCCUCCACCAGGUAGGGGCCGGGGCCGUGGUGGCCGAGGGGGCGGUGGCUACGCAGCCUACCCCCCAGACUACUACAGCUACGAGGACUACUACGAUGACUACUACGGCUAUGACUAUCACGACUACCGCGGGGGUUACGAGGACCCCUACUACGGUUACGACGACGUGUACAGCAUGAGGGGCCGUGGCAGCCGGCCAAGCAGGGGAGGUCCGCCCCCACCCAGGGCCCGCGGAGCACCACCCACACGGGGCCGAGGCGGCUAUGCCCAGAGGGGGCCACCCAUCGGAGGGCCCAGGGGUGGCAGAGGAGGGGGCCGGGGGGGACCCUUCCAGCCACAGAGGGGCCGCGGUACCCGAGGAGCCAGGGGGAACCGCGGGGGCAAUGUGGGCGGGAAGAGGAAGGCGGACGUCUUCAACCAGCCUGACUCCAAGCGCCGGCAGACCAACCAUCAGAACUGGGGGUCUCAGCCCAUCGCCCAGCAGCCCCUGCAGCAAGGGGCCGACUAUUCUGGUAACUAUGGUUACAGUAAUGACACCCUGGAGUUUUCACAGGAUUCUUAUGGGCAGCAGUGG